CUAACAUUCUUGAAUCUACAUAUAAAAUUAUACGUCCUAGAAUGUUUUAAAAUCGUAAAUUUAAGCCUUUGCUAAUUGACAUUUAAUAUUAUCUAUGGUGAUCGUUACUAAUUCAUAACAAUUGCAAGAAUCUUGGAAAAGCGUGGAAGGCCGCCAACGACAUAACCAUUACAGAUGAAGAAGACAUUAACUUACUAAAAAUUUGUACAAAACUAGGAAACUGGAUGAGCAGCGAUGAGCAAGAGGCUCGGAGGCGAUUUUCUUUGAGGACAUCAGCCACGUUCCUCGACGGAGCCGCGAAACUAUACAAACGUGGUAUUCAACAGCUUUUGGAAGACGCGAGUAAGCUAGACAAAGAGAUGUCUUGCAAGCGACGACGCUCCGGAUUCUCAACGCAGACAGUCUUAAACAAUACCAGCACGCAUUCUUCGAGCUCUGUGCCGACACCUGAAUUGAUUAUGAAUUCACGUCGUUCCCAAAGUAUAGAUACCUCUCCAAUAUUGACAAUAAAACGAAACAAUAAUAAUUACAAUAAAUCAAACGACAAUAAUUCAUUCAGUUUUGUUGGUCCAAUAAUCUCUCCAGACAUGAGUCAUGAAAAUACUAUCAACCCUGAAAAAAGCAGUUCAAAAAAUGACAGGUCAAAAAACCAGACGUCAAAAAGAGACCAAGGGGUCCAAACAUCAUCGAACAGCCACGACGAAGGAGACGACAUAACAAAUGGUUUUGAUAAAAAUCUCCCGUUCGGAUACAUUUUGAUUCACGACAAUUACAACUCCAAAAUACCGAGUAGAAUUAUAUUCUCGUCACUCAAUUCUGAAGUCAGACGUUUAUUGUGAUACUUUAUAAAAAAAUAUUUGAUUGUGACAGCUUCACUACUGUCAAAUUUUGUAACUGGCUCAUAAUUGUGAUUUUUGACGUAACGAAUUAUAUAAUGUAGAUACAGGCCGUUUUCCAAUUACAGCACAAGAGCGCAUUAUGCGGCAUAAUGCUCAACUAAGCUUCAGCAUAAUUCGGCAUUGUGCGUCACUGAGUCGCAUUAUGCUCUGUAAUUGACCAUUACUUAACGGUAGUUUUCCAAUUAGUUGAGCAUUAUGCCGCAUAAUGCGCUCCUGUGCUGUAAUUGGAAAACGGCCAAUAGCACAGCACUGUGUAUCCGUAAACCGAUAAUUAUUGAGAAAAAUAAAAAAAUUGUAGUAUAACGACCAGGUAUUGCCUGUUUUUCCUCACAGCUCACAACAACCAACCGGUUUUGUGAAAUGACCGACUCCAAUUCGCAUUACAAUUAGUACCUAUCCUAUAGAAUUCCUGUAGCAAUUUGAAGUUAUACGCGCGCUGGUGUCAAAUAAUUCGGGCUAUGUAGAUUAAUUGACAAAGCAGUCACUUAGAUUUUCAUAUUCAGUAACCAUCACGUGUUAAUAAUAAACAUUAUAUAAAAAAAUAGAUCCUAUUACGUGCCUCUAUAUAAAUUCAUCAAAAAUACAGUGGGGAAAUUAUAAUAAACCGAAUAAAAAUACUUAAGACUUGGCCUAAAGGUAGAUACCAGGCCAUAAACUAAAAAAAAAAAAAAAAAACAUUAUAGUUCAAGCUGUGACAGAAAAACGUAGGUACGUAGUAAUUUGCGAGAAUUUUUUUUCAUACCUAUUUAAUAUUCUAGUAAUAAAUUGUCUACAUUCAAAGGAUGUUUUGAGUCGCUGUUAUUAACUCUUUUUUUUUUCAAUUCAGAGAACACCUACGAAUGAUAAUUUUUGAGCAGCUCUGUUGAAAAAUUUCAAAAGAGAUCUAGAUCACAUAAAUAAUUAUUUGUUUGGAUUAAAUGACUAACACCUU